AUGGCGAAUCCCUUCUUAAUGGAUGAUGAAAUGGAUGGAGUGGAUGAUCCUACAGUUAAUCCAUUCCUAAUUCAGGCUGAUGCAUCUGAAGCCAAUGAAGAUAAUCCUUUUGGAGCUUCAGAUUCAGCAGUUAAUCCCUUUGUAUUUGGAGAUGAUGCUGAGGAUGAAGCAGAACAUCAAGAACAUGACAUCGAUCCAGCUAUGAGUUUCUUUGGUACAACUAUAGAAGCUGAAGAUGAUGCUCUAAGCAUUAAGUCAACACAAGAUGAGGAAGAAGAUAAUAAAACAAAGGCUCCUCCACCUAGACCAUUGCCUCCAAAGACGCAAGAACUUAUUAAUUCUGUUUCUAACCAAAUGGAUGAAACAAGCUCUGAGUUAUUAGGACGCAUACCGGCAACGCGUUCUCCUAGUCCUGUAUCUAUGAGAGACUUACACUCGCCAAGUCCAACUCCGGACAGUGGUUUAGCCGAUUUGUUAGAUGUGUCUGACAGUGGUUCCUCUGGUAACACACAAGGUUUUGAUAUUGACUUAAUUGGAAGUGGUUCUAAUACUAUGGUUGCAAAUGAUAAUCCAUUUGGCGUACCCACAGGUAUUCCUCCAAUUCAAGGAGCAACACCCAUGCCAUCACCAGCCAAACAACAACCACCUCGACCUCCGCCACCAAGACCUGCUCCUCCAAGACCAGUGCCACCAAGUAUUCAUGGCCAACAACCACCUCCUAGACCUACUCCGCCUGCUCCACCACCACCAGUUCCACAAAAACAAGAGCAAGAUAACCCUGCAGAUUCAGAGGAUCUCUUUGAUAUGUUUGGUACUACCAAACCACCAAAACCUCCACCACCUAAGAGUAAAGAGGAUAUUUUAAGUCUUUUUGAUAAACCUGCUCAACCCGUGGCCAAACCCGAUUUAUUAAGCGAUGAUCUUGUACUUGAUCCUACAGCAGCUGAGCCAGAAGCUGAAUCAACUGAAUCUAAGACAGAUGAUACAGUAAUAUUCAACUCCGUCUUAACUCGACCAGACGAAAGCACUCAUAAUAUCACCUCAGAGCCGCAAUCAGCCACAUACAAUAGUAACAACCAAAAUAGAAUAGCUGUUCAAGAACCAACCAAUAAACAACGAGCUCCAACACCAGACAUUGAAAUAACAACAGUAGAAGAUUUACCACGAUCAGACGAUGAAGAUGAACCAGAACCGCAACCCGAAACAAAGAAUGAAGUACCAGCUGUUGUAAUAGAUACCGAACCUGAUCCUCCUGUAGAAGAUGAUGAGGCAGAUAUUUCCACAGCUCCACAUGCCAGUUCAAAUAUUGAAUCUGAUCAAAGUCCUCCGACUGAAUCUGCUGCAACAACUCAGGCUUUACCAGACUCUCCGAUAGAAGGUAUGUCAGAUAAUGUAACAAGUGAUGCAGAUAUUGAAUUGCAGCAGCCUGUCGUAGAAGAAAUGGACACUGGUUUAGACUUUGCCCCACCAAGUGGUUCUGGAUCUGCUAAUCCGUUCGCUAGUCCUGAUGAGGAGGAGGAAACAUAUCCUCCAGCAGAAAUAGUAACAAACAUUUUCAAUGCUGAUGAUACAGAGCCGGUGGCAGAAAAUAUUUUUACAAGUACUGCAGACACAGUAACUGAAAAUAUAUUUACAUCAACAGCAGAUACAGUUGUAGAAAAUAUUUUUACUAGUACAGCAGAUACAAUGGUGGAGAAUAUUUUCACAUCAACAGCUGAUACAGUGGUAGAAAAUAUAUUUACAUCAACGGCCGAUACAAUGGUAGAAAAUAUUUUCACAUCAACGGCAGAUACAGCGGUAGAAAAUAUAUUCUCAAGUAGUUCUGAUACGGGGGCUAUACCUACUGCUGCAAUCAAUAUAUUUGCUGCAGAUCCAGAUCCCGUUGUUGAGCCACAACAAGCAUAUGGCACAAACAUUUUUGCUGAACCAGAUGAAUUCGAUGCGUUCUCAGCCAAAUUUGAAUCCGUUAAAAAAGAUAACAUCAGUAUUUUAGAUGGAUUUGGUGGAGGAGCUGGAUCAGGGGCUGUAACUCCCACUACAGGGGAUGCAUGGGGAGAGAGUGCUUUUGGUACUCCUAAUUCAGCAGCUGAUGCCUUUGCUGAUCCUAGUGAUGGUUUCGGCAAUGAAGAUGAUGAUUUUUAUAGUAUGCAGGCUCCUGUACGAUCGGAUUCCGUAGAAUCAGUCGAAAAAGACUUUAAUGUUGUUAUACGACCAAAAACAGAGGGGGCAACUGCAAUUGCACCACAACUUGCUCCACCACCUCCAACACGUACCGCUCCAACUGGACAGUAUUCCGAAGAUGUCAGCCCUGCAGUAAAUCCAUUCGAAGAAACAGGUUUUCCAGCACCAGCUCAACAGGAUGAUGGUUCUAUGAAACGCACAGAUUCUCAAGAGACUCCACAAACCCCGCUUUUCGAUGAAGAUGUUUCACAACCUCUGGAAGAGUUCCCACGUCUUAACUACGUGGGUCCUGGUUGGGAAAUGCAAUUGAGACAACCGAAUAAAAAGAAGAUAACCGGUCAGCGUUUCUGGAAAAAGAUAUUCGUUCGUUUGGUUAUGCAAAAUGAUAUACCAGUAGUUCAACUUUUUAAUCAAGCUUCCGAUAAGCAACCCUUCCAGGAACUUCCCCUACAGCCUUCGUAUUCAGUUUCAGAAAUUGGUGCUCAACAGUAUGAUCAAUUCGGUAAAAUUUUCACUAUGAAAUUACAGUACAUCUUCUACAAAGAACGACCAGGUGUGAGACCUGGCCAAGUGACCAAAGCCGAACGUAUUACGAACAAACUCACUAAAUUUGCACAAUACGCCAUAGCCGGAGAUUACGAGGGUGUCAAAGAGUUUGGUAGUGAUCUUAAGAAAUUAGGUCUGCCAGUUGAACAUGCACCACAAUCAUCGCAGCUUUUUAAAAUUGGUUCAAUGAACUAUGAAGAUAUGAAACAAUUUUCGGUGUGUAUAGAGGAGGCUCUAUUUCAUUUGCCCGCCCUACGCGAACGAGCUCUAACCUACAAAAUGGAAGAGGUACAAGUGACAGCAGUAGAUGAAAUCUAUGUGGAACAAGAUAUAGAAGGGAAGAUUCUUAAACAGAUUGCUAGAGUGAGAGUGUUCUUUUUAGCUUUCCUAACAGGUAUGCCUUAUAUUGAGUUGGGUGUUAAUGACAUGUGGCGCCAGGGUAAAGAAGUUGUAGGACGUCACGAUAUUAUACCUGUGGCUACUGAAGAGUGGAUUCGUUUGGAAGCGGUGGAAUUUCAUAGUGUCGUGAAUCAGGAGGAUUAUGAAAAAACUAGAAUUAUUAAGUUUCAACCGCCUGAUGCUAAUUAUAUAGAAUUACUGCGCUUCCGUAUACGACCGCCUAAAAAUCGUGAACUUCCUCUACAACUCAAAGCUCAAUGGAUAGUAACCGGCAAUAAAGUAGAGUUGCGUGCAGAUAUUUUAGUACCCGGCUUUACCUCACGUAAAUUGGGUCAGAUACCUUGUGAAGAUGUUUCUGUACGUUUCCCCAUACCAGAAUGUUGGAUUUAUCUAUUCCGCGUCGAAAAACAUUUUAGUUAUGGUUCUGUCAAUAAAAAAUACGGUUCGGUUAAAUCAGCCCAUAGACGUACUGGUAAAAUCAAGGGUAUUGAACGCAUUUUAGGAGCUGUUGACACUCUUCAAGAAUCUCUGAUUGAAGUAACAUCUGGUCAAGCUAAAUAUGAACAUCAUCAUCGUGCCAUUGUUUGGCGGUGUCCACGUUUGCCAAAAGAAGGCCAAGGCGCUUAUACAACUCAUCAGCUGGUUUGUCGUAUGGCCUUGACAUCAUAUGACCAAAUACCUAGUGAAUUAGCACCAUAUGCUUAUGUUGAAUUCACCAUGCCAGCAACUCAAGUUUCACAUACAACAAUACGUUCGGUCAGUGUACAAGAUUCGGAUUCAGAUGAACCUCCAGAAAAAUAUGUUAGAUAUUUGGCGAGACAUGAAUAUCGGGUGGGUAUCGAAACCACACAUGGAGAAUCAACAAAUGCUUAUUUGGCCGCAACUAGACCUAUACGCGAAGAACCUGCUGCAAAACCAGCUGCUUCACCAGUACCGCCACCUAGUGACUCAGAUUCAGACUCUAACUAAGUUAAUUUAAAAUUAAGCAAAACUUAAAAAAAAACAAUAUAAAAAACUUAUACACAAACCAAAAAAAAAAUAAGUAUAUUUAUAGAAGAAAAAAAAUCAUACAGUAUUUUGUUGCUUACCAAAA